GCGACGCUAAAGCGGAGCGCUCUCCGUACUCGGCGUCGCCUCGAAGCCAAGCUUCUGCAUAUAUAAACCUCGCCGACGCCGAUCCCAGCGCAAACGCAAUGGCCGACGCGAAGCCCGCCGCCACCGAUGGCUCCACCUCCGCGCCCGCCCCCGCCCCGCUCCCGCUCCCGCCCCCGCCCCCGCCCCGCCCCCGCCCCGCCCCCGCCGCCGCCGCCGCCGCCGCCGCCGCCGAGAGCAAGCCUCAGGUGGCCGAGAUAAGGCGGUCGUGGGGCGACGAGGUGGACGACGAGCCGGAGGAGCAGAGCUCGGCGCCCGCCUCGACGUCGGCGGAUAAAGCCGGAGCGGAGCUGGAUGUCGACUCCUUGACCAUCGACGAGGGCAAGAAGAUCAACAAGUUCCUCGACGAACCUGAGGAUUCCAACAUCAAAGCGGUUACGUCUGGCGAUACACCGUAUACAUCCGCAAGUACAUUCGAGGAUUUGAAUCUGUCGCCGGAGCUUCUGAAGGGUUUAUAUGUCGAUAUGAAAUUCCAGAAGCCCAGCAAAAUCCAGGCGAUCAGUCUGCCUAUGAUUUUGACCCCUCCAUACAAAGAUCUGAUCGCCCAGGCGCAUAACGGUUCCGGCAAGACGACUUGUUUCGUGCUCGGGAUGUUGAGCCGAGUUGAUUCGAACUUGAAAGCUCCUCAAGCUCUCUGUAUUUGUCCCACGCGAGAACUGGCGAUUCAGAACAUGGAAGUCUUGCAGAAAAUGGGAAAGUACACGGGAAUAGUUGCAGAGGCUGCUGUGCCAAUGGAUAGCACUAACUAUCUGCCGAUUACCAAAAGGCCACCUGUGACUGCACAAAUUGUGAUCGGCACCCCCGGAACAAUUAAGAAAUGGAUGUCAUUAAGGAAACUGGGUGCAAGUUACAUAAAGAUUCUUGUAUUUGAUGAGGCCGAUCAUAUGUUGGCAGAGGAUGGGUUUCAGGAUGACUCUUUGAGGAUAAUGAAGGACAUUGAAAGGGUCAAUGCCAGCUGCCAGGUCCUUCUGUUUUCUGCCACAUUCAAUGACAAGGUGAAGAAUUUUGUAACAAGAAUAGUGAAAGAUUACAAUCAGCUUUUCGUGAAGAAAGAAGAACUAUCCUUAGAGUCAGUGAAGCAGUACAAGGUGCAUUGCCCUGAUGAAAUUUCCAAGGUUACAGUGAUCAGGGAUAGAAUUUUCGAAUUUGGAGAGAAUCUGGGACAGACGAUAAUAUUUGUUCGCACCAGACAGAGUGCAAAAAAUUUGCAUGAGACACUUGUUAAUUUUGGCUAUGAAGUUACCACCAUCCAAGGUGCUCUUAGGCAGGAAGACAGAGACAAGAUUGUCAAAGAAUUUAAAGAUGGUUUAACACAGGUUCUUAUAUCAACUGACCUUCUGGCGCGAGGCUUUGAUCAACAGCAGGUCAAUUUGGUAAUCAAUUAUGAUCUUCCUGUAAAGCAUGAUAACCCCUCAGAGCCUGACUAUGAGGUAUACUUGCACAGAAUUGGAAGGGCAGGGCGUUUUGGGCGCAAAGGAGCUGUUUUCAACUUGCUAUGCCGUGAAAGGGACAUGGCAAUCAUGGCAAAGAUUGAAAAUCAUUUUGCCUCUAAAGUUGCUGUGGUUACACCAUGGAAUAGUGAGGAGGAAUUUAAGAAGGCACUUCAAGCAGCUGGUUUACUGUGAUGAUGUUGCUAUUUGUGUUGCAUGAGGAUAUAAAGUGAGGUCUAUGAGUUGGUGUCAUCAAGGUGUGUGUCGUUCUAUGAGAAGAAGGGGUGUUUGGUCGGCUUCUACUGUCAUGGCAGGACUUUAGUUCGUGAUAAUUACUCUUGAGGAAGUUGUAGUCGGAAUUAAUUGUUUCGAGUGAAUAUGCAGCCAUACCAGUCAGAUUUUUGUGGGCAUCGUGGCAUUUUCACAAUGGCUUUGUGGAGACGUUGUUUGGAAUUUGGAGCUUGAAGCCAAGGGUAGUUUGCUGACCUCCUAUUGUAGGAGUUGGCUAAGUGAACUGCAAAUGGUUAAGAAACUAUCCAUGUUUCAAAUAUGAUUAUAGGAGAGAUUCUGUGGGACCUUGAACCUCCAUGUUACCCAUCGAAGCAUUGAGAGCGACAGUGACUAGGAUAAGUUUCACUGGAGAGCAACUUGAAAGUGUACCAGAAUAAUGUUUCAUAAGCAAUUGUUGUUUAGUUGCACUUGGUUUUUGGGUAA